UCCGGUCCCCGCGCCAAGCGCUGCGCCAUCCCUGGCGGGUCCCCGCUGCUCGGGCCGGGCGCUUCGCCGGGCUCCGGCACCUGCAUCCGGGAGCAGCGCGCAGGCCGAGGCGCGGGCAGGCCGCCCCCGCCGCUCCGGGCGCGGGUGCUGUUGUAAGCCUCAUGCGAAUAGAGCCCUCUAAGCCACACAGAAAGUGACCAGUUCCAGCAAGGUGGAGGGAGGUUUGAGACAAAGCGCUCAGCAAGCCGCCCUCUGUCCUGCCCCUCACUGGAAGGCCCCUGUGGCCCCGGCAGAUAGACGAUGAGCAGCCACGGGAACAGCCUGUUCCUGCGGGAGAGUGGCCAGCGGCUGGGCCGGGUGGGCUGGCUGCAGCGGCUGCAAGAAAGUCUGCAGCAGAGGGCACUGCGCACGCGCCUGCGCCUGCAGACCAUGACCCGUGAGCACGUGCUGCGCUUCCUGCGCCGGAACGCCUUCAUCCUGUUGACCGUCAGCGCGGUGGUCAUCGGGGUCAGCCUGGCCUUUGCCCUGCGCCCGUACCAGCUUACCUACCGGCAGAUCAAGUACUUCUCUUUCCCCGGAGAGCUUCUCAUGAGGAUGCUGCAGAUGCUCGUGCUGCCGCUCAUUGUCUCCAGCCUGGUCACAGGUAUGGCGUCCCUGGAUAACAAGGCAACAGGCCGGAUGGGGAUGCGGGCAGCUGUAUACUACAUGGUGACCACGGUCAUUGCUGUCUUCAUUGGCAUCCUCAUGGUCACCAUCAUCCACCCUGGGAAGGGCUCCAAGGAGGGGCUGCACCGCGAGGGCCGCAUUGAGACCAUCCCCACAGCUGAUGCCUUCAUGGACCUGGUCAGAAAUAUGUUUCCACCCAACCUUGUGGAGGCCUGCUUCAAACAGUUCAAGACGCAGUACAGCACAAGGUUGGUAACUAGGACCAUAGUGAGGACAGAGAAUGGAUCUGAGCCGGGUACCGCCAUGCCUCCCCCAUCCUCGAUGGACAACGGAACCAGCCUCCUGGAAAAUGUCACAUGGGCCUUGGGCACCCUACAGGAGGUGCUGAGCUUCGAGGAGACUGUGCCUGUGCCUGGCUCAGCCAAUGGCAUCAAUGCCCUGGGCCUCGUGGUCUUCUCUGUGGCCUUUGGGCUGGUCAUCGGUGGCAUGAAACACAAGGGCCGAGUCCUGCGGGAUUUCUUCGACAGCCUCAAUGAGGCUAUUAUGAGGAUGGUGGGCAUCAUUAUCUGGUACGCACCCGUGGGCAUCCUGUUCCUGAUUGCUGGGAAGAUCCUCGAGAUGGAAGACAUGGCCGUCCUGGGGGGUCAGCUGGGCAUGUACACCCUGACCGUCAUCGUGGGCUUGUUCCUCCAUGCUGGUGGUGUCCUGCCCCUCAUCUACUUCCUCAUCACCCACCGGAACCCCUUCCCCUUCAUUGGGGGCGUGCUGCAGGCCCUCAUCACUGCCAUGGGCACGUCUUCCAGCUCUGCAACGCUGCCCAUCACCUUCCGCUGCCUGGAGGAGGGCCUAGGUGUGGACCGACGCAUCACCAGGUUUGUGCUGCCUGUGGGGGCCACCGUCAACAUGGACGGGACCGCCCUGUACGAGGCCCUGGCCGCCAUCUUCAUCGCCCAAGUCAACAACUAUGAGCUCAACCUGGGCCAGAUCACAACUAUCAGUAUCACGGCGACAGCAGCCAGCGUUGGGGCUGCUGGCAUCCCCCAGGCGGGUCUGGUCACCAUGGUCAUUGUGCUCACAUCGGUGGGCCUGCCCACUGAAGACAUCACGCUGAUCAUAGCGGUGGACUGGUUCCUUGACCGGCUUCGCACAAUGACCAAUGUUCUGGGGGACUCUAUUGGAGCAGCUGUCAUUGAGCAUUUGUCUCAGCGGGAGCUGGAGCUGCAAGAAGCCGAGCUCACCCUCCCCAGCCUGGGGAAGCCCUACAAGUCGCUCAUGGCACAAGAGAAGGGGGCGUCCAGGGGCCGGGGAGGCAACGAGAGUGCCAUGUGAGGGGACCCCAGCCCUGCUGCCCAUAGAGGAGGGAACGGGGCUGGGGAGGGGGGGUCCUAGGGAAGACCCACUUGCCCGAAUGACUGUGCGCUGAACACACGUGU